CUCUCAGCCUUGGCGAGCCUAGCCUUCGCACAGGGGGACCUGGUUGCACUGCUUCAAUCGCAACCAGACCUGAGCACCCUGCUCGACUUUGUUCAGCUCGUACCAGGCCUUGCCAACACUCUCUCGCAAGCGACGAACAUCACGAUCAUCGCACCUACGAAUCAGGCGUUCGACAACGUGCCAACCGAAGUUCCAGAGGGACAGGCCAUUGUGAACCGCAACGUCUCCAGCAUCGAAGGGCUUCUCGUGAACCAUGUCUUCGCCGGUUACUAUCCAUCAUCUCUGCUUUCGGAAGUCCCGACCUUUGCUCAGACCUUGCUCAAUACCUCUUACCGCAACGAGUUCCAGCCUUUCACAGAGACGCCAAGCGGCCAAUACAAUGGUCUCGUGUUGAACGGCGAGAAUGUCAACAUUCUCUCCGGAGAGCUGACGGUAUCGAAUGUGAUCCAGGGAGAUAUCAUGCUGGGCGAAGGGAUCGUGAUCCAUGUCGUCGAUACCGCAAUGUCAUUCGCGCCUCCGCUGCAGCUAUUCACAGCGCGCGCUGAUCUGCUUGCCUACAAUGGCGCUCUCGAAGCGGCAGAUCUCGGCCUUGACGUUGGUCUCGAAGAAGAUGGUGGUCCGGUGAACACUUUCACGGACAUCACAUUUCUCGUGCCGAACGACUUGGCAUUCCAGGCCAUAGGAUCUGUCGUUGACAGCGUGGACCAGGCAACUCUCGCCCAGGUUCUCGAGUACCACAUCAUCCCGGAUAACAUCGUCUUCUCGCCGUCCAUUACCAAUGCCUCGGUGGCAUCGCUGCAGGGCAAUGAUCUGGUGUUUUCAGUACUCCCAAACGGCGAGAUCUUCGUCAACGGCGCCAAAGUCCUGUUUGCCAAUGUCAUUCUAUCGAACGGCGUGGCGCACAUUAUCGACUCGGUGUUGAAUCCAGCAUCUGCUCCAUUCGACCGUGCUUCGCUAGACGCGGCUGCACCGGCCUCCGAUCGAAUCGCUUUUCCCGGAGCCACACCGAGUGACGACUUGCCUAUCACACGCUCAUUGUCCUUUGCGUCGGAAGCAAUCGCUCAGACUAUCCCGACGCCGGAGAUCUUGAAGACCUUGUCAUUGGUAGCGGUGACGCCAACAUCAGCGUCGACUGUGCCUACGCAGUCU